UUGUCAUCGAAAGGUGUUUACAUAAGUCCAAAAAUUCUACCAGCUUUUGGUACGGCGCGUCAUAGAACAGAUAAAUGUUGUGAGUCAUUGGAUAGAUAUUAUGAGUCAUAGCAUGGAUUUGUGUUGCCUGGAAAUCUAACUAUGACAAGAAACAAAACAUAAAUGGGCUUUUGAAAGAUGAUUUAUCAACUUACCUUAUCCAUGCAAGCUACCUUCCACUAGUCGACAUGCUUAGAAGCUUUUAGUGACCGCAGAUUUGCAAAAGCAAUGGCUAACAGACACCCAAACCCCAAGAAGCAUAACCACUUCUCUUAGAUAAAAAUAGCAGAUCGAUAUACAAACGUCUACACUUCUGCAAACAAUACCCAGAAGCCAGAAUUAGGAUUGAACCGAUUACGUGGCUUUAGCAGACCGUCCAAAAAUCUGUUUUGCAAAGCUCCAAUUGCUCCUUGCUUAUCCAGCUUCUUUUGUGUUGGCAAAUUGUUCUUUUCCAACCGACUUUAUUCUUUUCACAUUUCUUCUUAGGCUGAACUAACCUCGUCGUGCACACAACCAUUGUCCUGAACCUUCACCACGUCCCUAUAAAAGCCCAACCAAUCUCCACAAUUUCAUCAUCACCCACAACACCGAGCACCACAAAAUAGAGAUCAAUUCACUGACAGUCCACCGAGAUGGCUAAGCGGCUGGUCCUCUUUGCGGCAGUAGUCAUCGCCCUCGUGGCUCUCACCACCGCUGAAGGUGAGGCCUCUAGGCAACUACAGUGUGAGCGCGAGCUCCAGGAGAGCUCGCUUGAGGCAUGCCGGCAGGUCGUGGACCAACAGUUGGCCGGUCGGCUGCCAUGGAGCACGGGGCUCCAGAUGCGAUGCUGCCAGCAGCUCCGAGAUGUUAGCGCCAAGUGCCGCUCUGUCGCCGUCAGCCAAGUCGCAAGACAAUAUGAGCAAACUGUGGUGCCGCCCAAGGGCGGAUCCUUCUACCCUGGUGAGACCACGCCACUGCAGCAACUCCAACAAGGAAUAUUUUGGGGAACAUCUUCACAAACAGUACAAGGGUAUUACCCAAGCGUAACUUCUCCUCGGCAGGGGUCAUAUUAUCCAGGCCAAGCUUCUCCACAACAGCCAGGACAAGGGCAACAGCCUGGCAAAUGGCAAGAACCAGGACAAGGGCAACAAUGGUACUACCCAACUUCUCUGCAGCAGCCAGGACAAGGGCAACAGAUAGGAAAAGGGAAACAAGGGUACUACCCAACUUCUCUGCAGCAACCAGGACAAGGGCAACAAAUAGGACAAGGGCAACAAGGGUACUACCCAACUUCUCCGCAGCAGCCAGGACAAGGGCAACAACCAGGACAAGGGCAACAAGGGCACUGCCCAAUGUCCCCGCAGCAGACAGGACAAGCGCAACAACUAGGACAAGGCCAACAAAUAGGACAAGUGCAACAACCAGGACAAGGGCAACAAGGGUACUACCCAACUUCUCUGCAGCAGCCUGGACAAGGGCAACAGUCAGGACAAGGGCAACAGUCAGGACAAGGACACCAACCAGGACAAGGGCAGCAAUCAGGACAAGAGAAACAAGGCUACGACAGCCCAUACCAUGUUAGCGCAGAGCAGCAAGCGGCCAGCCCAAUGGUGGCAAAGGCGCAGCAGCCCGCGACACAGCUGCCGACAGUGUGUCGGAUGGAGGGGGGCGACGCAUUGUCGGCUAGCCAGUGAUAGAACUCUCUGCAGCUUGCAUGGUGCUUGGGCAUGCAUGCACCUUAUCUAUCCAAUAAACGUGAUGCGUGUUCACAGUUUUUCAUGUAACUAGAGUAAAACCCAAUAAUAAUGCAAAAUGAAAAGCUUCUCCAGCUAAAAAAGAACAAAAUGGGUGUUGUAUAGUA